AAGGAGAAGGAACAGUAUCAUUAUUAGCGGGAGGGUUAACGGACUCACUGCUGCUGACAGUCUCUAAAACCCUGCAAACGCCGCACAUUCUCUCUCCAUUUUCCGGAGCAAAGCUCGUCUUCUUCAGAUGGAAGAUGGUUUGAUUCCAUAUAUGGGGACGGUUAAUUCCGGUUCCGAUGUCGAAGCUUUUGAGCACAAUCUGGAUCAAAUUCUGGUCAAGGUGAAUGAGUUGGAGAAAAGGGUUAACGAGGUCGAGCAAAUCUAUCAUGAUCAAAGUAAAAAGCAACCGAGCACCUCUAAAGGUAGCACACUAGGCAAGGACGAGAGGCAGGUUAACAAUCUCAUGAAGCUGCAACAGGAUAAUUGUAGUAGGGAAGCUGCUGCAGCGAAGAGAAUGCAACAGCUUAUCAGUCAGUUUGGCGAUAUAGUCCGCCAGAUCACCCAGCACAAAUGGGCGCGGCCCUUCAUGCAACCCGUAGAUGCCAAAGCUCUUGGUUUGCACGACUAUCAUAAAGUAAUUGAAAAGCCAAUGGACUUCAGUACGAUUAAAAAGCAAAUGGAGGCCGCUGAUGGUACUGCUUAUAAGAAUGUCCGAGAGAUAUGUGCUGACGUGAGGCUGGUCUUCAAAAAUGCUAUGAAGUACAAUGAUGAAAAGAGUGAUAUUCAUGUCAUGGCCAAGACAUUACUCCGAAAAUUUGAGGAGAAGUGGCUCCACCUAUAUCCUGAAGUUACAAAGGAGGAAAAAAGACUAGAACAGGAAGAGGCGGAGGCGCAGUUAGAUAUGCAACUUGCUAAGGAAGCUGCUAAUGCCAGAAUGGCCAGAGAAAUAAGUAGUGAGCUUUACGAGGUUGAUAUGCAUCUGGAAGAUCUCAGGGCAAUGGUUAUCUCAAAGUGCAGGAGAAUCUCAACAGAUGAGAAAAGAAAAAUAGCGGCGGCCCUUGACAAAUUGCCAGUGGAGGAUGUUGACAAGGCUUUGGAGAUUGUUGCUCAGUAUGAUCCGAGCUUCCAAUCAAAGGGUGAUCUAGUGGACCUAGAUCUAGAUGCUCAGAGCGAACCCGUGUUAUGGAAGUUGAAAAUUUUUGUGAAGGGCGCCCUUGAAGUUCAAGGAAAGAGUUCAGCAGUCGUCGAUGUCGACAGCAACCACGAUCGCAGUUAUAACAAUAACGGCGGCAACAACAACAAUAGCAACAAGAAGAGGAAGAAGGAAAUAUGUAAUGCCAUUGCUAAAACCGCGAAGAAAAGGAGUCUCAAGCCCUCGUCCUAAACAUGUUAUGUUAACGAAUCAAAUUAGACUUCUACUUUGUUAAGCACCUACCAGUAUGUACUGACACUUUUUUUAGGCAUAUAAAUGGUCAUGAGUAGUUACUUUCC